GGGGGAAAUAGGAUUAUUAAUUUUGGAGGAAUGGAAAAUCGAGAGAUUAGGGUUAUUGACUGGGAUACUUAUUGACUGUGCAGGAAGAGCUUUGAGGUUUGGUUAAUGGAUGAGGACAAGCAAAGUAUCACAAAGAUUGGAGAAAAAAUUUUAAACAACCUCCAAGAAGAAAAGAAAUCAGACUGUGAGAGUGACUGGGAGAUCAUUGAUCAGGAAUCGAACCUGAGUUUGGAUCAAGACACUGAAGACCAAGAAUUAAGUCUUGAAAUAAUAGAAUUCUGAUAUGUUAUGCUGAAGACUUCGGAAAAUUUCGAAUCAACCCUCAUAAUGACGAAACCAGACUCUGCUCUGGUGUUCAAUAAUAUUAUCUUAGCCUGAGCAGAGGAAAUGAAGAUUAAGACGUUGGCAAUUGAAGCUAUCAGCUGAAGAGAGGUCCUAGCUUAUAGACUAGGCUUCCUUGUAGGAGCAACUCAAAACAGUUGAAAAUGAAAAAUUUAUUCUUCUAAUGAGAACAUCAUAAAUAGUGAAAUAGGUGCAAAAAUGAUGUCAGACUCGGAGGGCUCCUCUUCUGGCUGAAUAGAAAUUCUAGGAUUUUCGAAGUUUAAUUCUUCGAUUGAAGGAUUUUUCGAAAAUAGUGACCAGUCAUUACAAGCUUCUCUUGAAAAAGUUUCUUUAAAUAAAACAGGUUUAAAGACUGGUAUUUUGGCCCAUCAUAGCUCUAAAUCUGGCUCGGAAGAGAACUUCAAAGCUGAUCCCUUUUACUGUCAACAAAUUGAUAAUUUAUUAGAGAUUAUUAUAAAAGAUCUUUCUAACAGUAUAACCGAGAAAUACAAGGAGAAGCUUCCUUUAAAAUCUCUUGACUCUGAGAACUUGUUUUUGACUAAAAUUCGUACUGUUUUUGAAGAUAAUAAAAAGAUCAUUAAGUUUAAGCCAAGUGAGGAAGAAGAGGACUUCUUCUGGAAAUACUAUGCCAAACAGCUGGUGGUAAAGAAAAUUAUUGAAGAGAAAGUUGAAAAAAACCUCCUAGAAAGUAUUUUUCCUAAGGAAAAUGAUCAGCAAGAUAUAACAACUAAAUCCUGCAAAUGCUGAGAAAGAAUGAAAAGAAAAUUCUGCCUCAAAGGGCACAGGCUGGUAGCUAAAGUGAAACUCUAUGGCUGUGUGUUCUACACUAUUAUCAGGCAUAUUUUGGAUUAUCGGGGCGAAACUGAUACCAUGAAGACCCAGACUCUUCAUGAUCUCCUGGACUGUAUAUACAAGACGCUUAAGAAUUAUUACAACUCAAAAUAUGUGACCAAAGAGCAAAAGGCUAUUAUUAAGAAGGAUAAAAAGAUUAAAUAUAUGAUUGCCGAGAUAAUGCGAAUGAAAGGACUUUGGGGAUGAGAAGGAAAGAAGUUCCAACUUUAUCCUAAAAGCUGGGAACUGUUCCACAAUCUGUUCAAAAAUAGCUCCCCUAAAACUGUAGUUCAUUUGCUGUUAGAGAUGCUGAAAAGUAUCAUUAAAGAGUCGAAAUAA